CAGAUCUGCCUUAGCUAGCAAGAACAGCUACAAGGAGUCACCGAACAAACCCUUUUCCGACAACCCACCGAACUCAACGAUCAUCAUGUAUACCGUAGUAGGAAGCAUCUUAAUCGCCAUCCUUUCGGCCGCAUCAGCUGCACCUUCGGGUUGGGCACCCGGUGCAGCCCUUGCUGGGCCAGUACUCGGUGCAGCAGCACUAGCUGGCCCAGCUUUGGGACCUGCAGCCCUUUCGGGACCAGUCGUUGGACCUGCUCGAGUAUCCGGAGCGGUUGACGGAGGUGCCGUUGUCACCGGUUCAGUUGCUGGACCAUCUGUAGUUUCUGGCAGCGUUGCUCCAGGUACUGCCGUCCUUGGAGCAGCCUAUGGAUGGCCAGCUGCUGCAGCUCCAGCUUCGCUUCUUGGUCUCGGAUGGCCUGGCGCGGUUCUUGCCGGUCCAGCGGUCGGACCUGCUGCCCUUGCUGGUCCUGUUGCUGCUCCAGCACUCAUCGCUGGACCCUCAGGUAGCAUCGCUGCAGGACCUGCUGGUCUCGGUGGAGUGGUUCGCGGAUAUGCCGGCCACUACUAGUUUCAACUUGGUUACCCAAUAA